AUGGUAGUUUCUUCGCUUCUCCGCCUCCUUUUCAUUUUCGUCUUCUUCAUAAUAUUUGUCGAUGGCCAAUGCCUCGAUGAUCAAAAAAAGUUGUUACUUGAUCUCAAGAGCGAAUUCAAACAUAAUUCUUCCAGACCACCUAGUUUUGUAGAUUGGAAUAAGAUGGGUGAUUGCUGCAAAUGGUUCGGCAUAGAAUGUGAUGACUCCGGUCGGGUCAUCAGUUUGAGCCUCUACACCGAGGGUGUCUCCGUCGAAAUUGGUGAGUUAUCAACCCUUUUCCAGUUGACAUACUUGUUGAGGCUGGACCUUUCCAUCAAUGCAUUCACGGGUGAGAUUCCUAACCAAUUCCAUCGCCUCCCAAACUUGACAUACGUUGAUUUGUCAUAUUGUGGUCUCACUGGACCAAUUCCGUCCACGUUGGCCAAUCUAACUGAGCUAAUUGAACUCCACUUAUUAAUUAACUUUCUCACCGGUUCAAUUCCUUCAUUUCAUAACUGCAAGAAUCUUGAAUUGAUAGACCUUAGUCGUAAUAAUCUAAAAGGCUCACUUUCUAACUUGCACUUUCAAGGUCUUACAAACCUCAAUCGUUUAGAUUUAAGCUAUAAUUCAUUGAACGGCACCAUUCCUCACCGUCUUUUUGUUCUGCCCUCAAUUAAUACUCUUGAUCUAUCCUACAACCAAUUUAGUGGACAAAUCAAUGAAGUUCCUAUUAUGAACCUCUCCGACCUUUAUCGGCUAGAUUUGAGUGGUAAUAGGAUUGAAGGUCCUAUUCCUAACUUCUUCUUCCACUUUCGAGGCAUAUCAGCUCUCAGUCUUUCUGACAACUUGUUCAAUGGCAUUUUCAAAAUGAAUAACAUUCAAAGUUAUACAACACUUUCAGAACUUACUCUUUCUUACAACAACCUGUCAAUUGACACAACCAACAUGAGUUCAAGUUCCCAUGGAUAUCCCCGUUUAAGGGUGUUACACAUGUCAUCUUGCAAUUUGUAUGAUUUCCCAGAUCUUAGAAAUGCAUCCAGUUUGGAAGAUUUGGACCUCUCAAACAAUCAUUUGCGAGGGGACAUCCCUAGUUGGAUUUGGGAAAUUGAAAAGGACUAUUUGGACCUUUCUUCCAAUCUUCUUACCGGUUUGAAAAAGCUUCCCAUCUCUCCAAAUUUCAGUAAUUCUAUUGUCAUGCUCGCAAACAAUAGACUAACUGGAAUGAUUCCAUCCUCCAUCUGCAAUGCAUAUUUACUUCGUCUUCUCGACUUGUCAUUCAAUAACUUAAGUGGUAGCAUACCUCCUUGCCUAAUCAAAAAAGAUCUUGUGAGUGAAGUGCUCAAUCUUAGGGGAAACAAAAUCAGUGGUGUUAUCCCUGAUCAGUUUUCGCGUGAGUGUGGCCUACAAACCUUUGAUGUUAGUAACAACAACUUAGGCGGGAAGGUUCCUAUGUCUCUGGGAAAUUGCAAGAGCUUACUGGUGUUGAAUGUUGCACACAACAACCUUGAGGGUAGUUUCCCUUGCAUGUUGUCGUUGAGCUUGCGCAUCCUUGUCUUGCGCUCGAACAGAUUCCAAGGAGACUUGAGAUGUAGUGAGAGUUGGCCCAAUCUUCAAAUUCUGGAUAUAUCUUCAAAUGAUUUCAAUGGUCAUGUGAAUUUGCUAAACUUGUCAAGUUUGAGAGGAAUGAUGCUUGAGAGUCCUACACAUGUCAGGCUCAACCACUUCAACUCUAACUUUUUAGGCGCUUACACUUACUACCACAAUGAGGUGAAUUUAACCAUCAAAGGAAUUGAAUUGAAGCUUGUGAAGAUUUGGCCUGACUUUACAUGCAUUGAUUUGUCUUCCAAUCAUUUUGAGGGAGACAUACCAGAUGCAAUUGGUAAUCUCACCUCACUCUAUCUUCUCAACUUAUCCCACAACUCUCUCACUGAUGCAAUCCCGAGAUCACUGGGUGCCUUGACAGAGCUUGGGUCGCUCGACCUCUCUUCAAACAAGCUCAUCGGCAAAAUACCAGAGGAGUUUGCCAAACUCACUUUCCUUUCAGUUUUGAACUUGUCAUACAAUCAUCUCACUGGAGUGAUCCCAACUAGCACUCAGCUUCAAACGUUUACGCCAGAUUCAUAUGUAGGAAACUCGGGGUUAUCUGGAUUCCCACUCAACGGAAGUUUCAACAACCAUCGUCCACCCGGUCCAUCACCAUCAGAGGAUUCAGAAUCAAAAGAUGAGGAGAUUAAGUGGGAAUAUGUGUUUAUUGCACUUGGUUAUGUUGUGGGAAUAGGAAGCGUCGCGUGGACAAUGUUAUGUUGCAGAAGCUUGAGAGAAAGAUACUUUGAGAAGAUAGAAGAGGUUGCUGACAAGAUAUUUUAUGAGAGAGGAAGGAGAAGAAGACAUGAAAGAAGAGUAAGAAGAAGAAGAGAAGAGAAGGAGAGAAGAGAGGAGAGGAGGAAUGGGCUUAGGAGACGUCAGCAGUAA